CCGAGAAGCCACAGCCAUGCUAACAUUCAUCAACAAUAUCACAGUGCUAAUUCGCUGUCUUGAUGCAACCCGCUAGGCAGUAAUGCGCUGAGGCCUGCCAUUCCUGUUCCUUAUUGACACAAGAUCCGAUGAGAGCUCGCCGUUUGCUCCAAUCAGCUGCUAACGGUUGACCCAGUUGACCAGCAAGGACUUGUUUGCUCAUUCCUUGAUAGACUAUUGGCCAGGAACUGCAGACGGUUGGCGGGAAGGCGUCUUUUGACAUGCGGCCUGCUUCUCACGCCUCGCUUUGUGAACCGAAUGAGUCGAAGUUGAGUCACAACUUGAACUUGAAAGCCGCAGCGCUUAAUAAAAUGCAGGAUCCCCUCAUCAAUUAAACCUGUUCCUGCAGCCAACCGAUCAGACCAGUACGCAUACCGGCUCAAUAUGGCUGCCAUGACAACGCUCAAAGGCGACAAGUUCGACCGUCAGCUUUUCGAAUCGGUUUUAAAGCGUCGAUUCUUCUUCACCGAGGCCUUUGAGAUCUACCGGCUGUCCCCAAACUUCAAAGGCGACAACCGUGGCCUAUUCGAUUAUGGGCCCCCAGGGUGCGCCUUGCAGGCCAACAUCGUUGACGCCUGGAGGAAGCAUUUCGUGCUGGAGGAGAACAUGCUAGAACUCGAUUGCACUGUCAUAACACCCGAGCCAGUACUAAAGACGAGUGGGCACGUUGACAAGUUUGCGGACUGGAUGUGCAAAGACCCCAUCAAAGGCGACUACCUUCGGGCCGAUCAUCUUGUGGAGAAUGUCCUCAGAGCGCGUCUUGCUCGGGGUACUCGCGGGCUCGUCAAGGAUUCACCGAAGCUGGACGACGCGACUAUCGAUGAGUACAAUGACAUCCUAGCCAAGAUCGACAACUAUGAUGGCGACGGCCUUGCCGAGCUGAUCAGAUGCCAUGACAUCCGCAACCCCGAGAACAACAACCAAGUCCUGCCACCGACUCCCUUCAACUUGAUGUUCAAGUCCACCAUAGGCCCUAGUGCUGCUGCGCCAGUUUACCUCCGACCCGAGACGGCGCAGGGGCAGUUCCUGAAUUUCAAGAAGCUGCUCGACUACAACCAAGGCUCCAUGCCAUUCGCGUCGGCCAGCAUCGGAAAAUGCUACCGCAACGAGAUCUCCCCCCGAACCGGCCUUCUGCGCGUGCGAGAGUUCCUGCUCGCCGAGAUCGAACACUACGUCGACCCCAACAAGAAGGAGCAUCCACGGUUUCGGGAGGUUGCUGACAUCAUUCUGCCCCUACUCGACCGGGACACACAGCUCUCGGGCCAGACAACGUCGCAAACAAUGACCAUUGACGAGGCCGUCAAGUCCCGCAUCAUCGACAACGAAACACUCGGCUACUUCCUCGGAAGGAUCAUGCUGUUUCUCCUCCGGAUCGGCAUCGACCGAUCCAAGAUCCGGUUCAGACAACACCUGGCGAACGAGAUAGCCCACUAUGCAACCGACUGCUGGGAUGCCGAGCUGCUCACAAGCUACGGUUGGAUCGAGUGUGUUGGCUGCGCUGACAGGAGCGCAUACGACUUGACGGUGCACUCCAAAUACACCGGUACCGCCUUGGUCGUCAAGGAGGCUCUUCUGGAGCCUGUCAGGGUAGAAGGGUGGCAGGCUAUCCUUGACAAGAAGAUUGUUGGCCCGCGAUUCAAGAAGGAUGCGAAAUUUAUCCAGUCAGCUGUCGCUGCCUUGGAUCAGGCCGCGUUGGAAAGGCUGGCUACUGAACUUAGCAAGCACGGGGCCGUGACAAUCGACACCCCGGCCCUGUCCGAUGGCACAACACGUGUCGAGCUAACUAAGGAGCUGCUAUCCAUCUCCAGGGUCGCUCACCUCCAAACGACCCGUGAAUACAUACCAAACGUGAUUGAGCCAUCCUUCGGCAUCGGCCGCAUCCUUUACGCCCUGCUGGAACACGUCUAUUGGCAUCGACCAGGUGAUGCCGCAAGAGCGGUCCUGUCCCUACCCCUAGCCAUAGCACCAACAAAAGUCCUAAUCGCCCCGCUAUCCUCCCACCCACAACUAAACCCCAUUGCCCACAAGCUGUCCGCCAGGCUGCGGAAGCUCAACAUCGCCAACGUCAUCGACGCGUCCAGCGCGUCGAUCGGCAAGCGGUACGCGAGAAAUGAUGAGCUGGGCACCCCGCUGGGCGUCACGAUCGACUUUGGCUCGCUGGAGGACGGGUCGUUGACCUUGAGGGAGCGCGACUCCAUGGUGCAGGUCAGGGGCGCGGAGGAUGAGGUUGUCGUGGCGAUUAAGGGGUUGGUGGAGGGGACUGAGACGUGGGAGCAGAUUGUCGCGAGGAUGGAGGGGUUUCGUGGUCGGGGUGAAGGGGAGGAGGAGAAGGAGAGGUUGUGAGAUGGAGGAAUGGUAACCGAAGUGCAUUGCGGGCUGUGACGCUCUGAAUACUACUAAUAAUACGAACGCUGGUGAUCAUUCCUGACACUCCGAUUUCUGGUUUACCUACUCGAGGGGAGUUCCAAAAGCGUCCAUCCAGUCUCUGUUACCACCAUCUGAGUGGCACCCUUACCACGAUACGAGUACUAGUUCCGUACAGCCGAGUCCUGCACCGUGGUCUUGGUAUAGCCAUAGCAGGCACAGAGCUUAAUACUCAGUUGAGUCAGCACUCUAUGAUUUACCUUC